AUGGACGCCUUUGAUGCUUAUGGACCUAAUUCGCAGGCUCUCACGUUUUUCGACCCAGAGGAGAACGACCUCAUUGGUGGAAAUACGCAAUGUCCCGACUUUGACUGUGGUCAAUUCACACUUCCUUCACAAUCCCAAAUCCAGGCUUCUCAGUUGGAAAGAGAUCCUAUUGAUCAUUCCCUGAAGAUAGCGUGGUCCAAUUCACCGGGGACCUUCCGGAACAUGCAUGUGCUUACUGUGGAAUAUAUGACCCUGCGUGUGUUGUCUUCUGCAAUACCACCAAGAAAUGGUUCUGCAAUGGGCGAGGCAAUA